AUGCUAUCUUAUUCAGCUAAUUUCAAAAAUCAAAAUGUUAUAAUUAUCGAGGAUAUCAAAUUUGUGAACAAUGGAGAGGAUGGGGUAAAUGACUACACUUACACGUUAGAUCCUAGCGUUCAAAAAGCUAAAGUAACGUUUUCUCAAGAUUACCUUAAAUAUGAUAAUCGUACCUAUUUAAUUAAACUACCGAAAGUGAUUGUAAAAAACGAACGAUUUACGCUUGAAGUGGUUAUUGUUGUUUUGGAUGAGCUGGUAUUGAUAGAUUCGCAUAGUACACAACGUUUUAUUCAUUAUAAAGGAAACUUAGAAUAUUAUUCCGUGUAUAAAACGAAAAAUUUCAUGAUUGUUUAUGAAUUACCGGAGAAAAGAUGUGAAUUUGUUGAAAUUGAACCGAAAAUUCACGGAUAUAAAUCCAAGCAACCAUACCAACCAGUUCCGAACUACACCAGGACAAAAUUACGUACGCUGUUACCAGAAUUGGCCUUCAAUAUAAAACUAUUCGACGGAAUCGGGAAUAACAGCAAAUCUCAACUUUAUUAUUCCGAUUAUGGCACUCUCUUAGUUUUUGAAUCUCGCUAUGAACUUUUCAUGGCUUGGAAAACGAUUUAUACACUAAAAUACACCGUUCCUGCCUACCCAUAUCUACAAAAAUCGGACGAUAUUUACGUUUUAGACAUGGUUGUAGUGGACGAUGUUCUUCCAAAUGCUUUCAUAAAAACUGCAAAAACCAAAGUGUAUUUGCCGGAAUCGUCGAAAUUAAUUUCUGCAAAUAUAACCGAAGAUGCUGACGUGAAGAUUGCGGACAAACAAACUAUAACAACCGCUUUAGCACCAUCAAGAGAAAUCGUUGUUUUUGAAAGUUUUGAUUUGGUUAAUGGUUUGGCACCGAAUUUCCGUGUGGUUUAUAAAAGGGGGCCGAUUCAUGUUUUUAAACCUGCCUUUUACAUCAUUACUUACGUAGAAUCAAUUUUUCUGUUUUACUUAUUUGUUAGUUAUGUAAAAUCUGUUUUGGUUUUACAAAAGUCCUAG